CCAGCUGCGUCCGCCGCUGUCCUGUCUGGCCGCCCCGGUGUCUGCUCCGCGCUCUGCCCCGCUCCCAACCCCCCCUCCCCGGACCCCCUGAAGCCUGUGCCUGCUCGUUCACCAUCCCGGCUCCCUCCCUACUCUUUUCACCCGCGAGCGUUAAAAAAGAAAAAAAAAAUGACGGGCAUCGCCGCCGCUUCUUUCUUCUCUAAUUCCUGCAGGUUCGGGGGCUGCGGUCUGCAGUUCGAGUCUCUCGCCGAGCUCAUCGUCCAUAUCGAGGACAUUCACAUCGACACGGAUCCGAGGGUUCUGGAGAAGCAGGAGCAACAGCAGCCCACAUACCUCGCCCUAAGCUACAUCAACAGGUUCAUGACGGACGCAGCACGCCGCGAGCAGGAAACCCUGAAGAAGAAGGCCACGCCCAAGCUGUCCCUGUCAAUCACCGGCGGCAUUUCCAGGAACAGCACGGCCACGCCGCCACGCCACACCAGCGGCAACCUGACGCCUCCCGUCACGCCCCCCAUCACCCCGUCCUCCUCGUUCCGCAGCAGCACACCUACAGGCAGCGAGUAUGACGAGGAGGAGGUAGACUACGAGGAGUCAGACAGCGACGAGUCGUGGACCACAGAAAGCGCCAUCAGCUCCGAGUCCAUCCUGAGCUCCAUGUGCAUGAACGGCGGAGAGGAGAAGCCGUUUGCCUGCCCCGUCCCGGGAUGUAAGAAGAGAUACAAGAACGUGAACGGCAUCAAAUACCACGCCAAGAACGGCCACCGCACACAGAUCCGUGUGAGGAAACCCUUCAAGUGUCGCUGCGGGAAGAGCUACAAAACGUCGCAGGGUCUGCGGCACCACACCAUCAAUUUCCACCCGCCCGUCUCCACAGAGAUCCUCCGCAAGAUUCAAGGCUAGAAGCUGCGGGCUCCAACCAGUCUGCUACCCCCAAAACAUGAGCCCUGUCCCCGACCCUCCUUACAUCCCAAACACUAAAGGAUCAAGUGCAUGCUUUAAAUUUUUUUUUCUAUGUUUUGUCACUUUUCUUUUUUUUUUUGCAUUACUCUUUUAUCCUAUCCACAUAUUAUCACUUGUAUUUUUUUCUUUGAAAAACAAAAAUGUAUCUUUGUAGUAUUUUUUCAUUGACGUACAUUUGCACAUUCGUAUAUGCUAUCAUUUUAUUAUUAUUAUUAUUAUUUUUCAACUGUUUUACUUGCAUAAGGUGCUAACUGUAAAAAACAACAGAAAGAAAAGACAAAAAAACAAAGGAUGCGGGAAAAAGUGGAGAACUUUUGAAAAAAACAAAAGGGGUGAUAUAGGAAAGCGACUCCUGCCUUUUUUUCCCCCCUCCCUCUUCCCGCUCGUCUCCGAGCAGGAAGGAGUCGACUCCCGGCUCAGAUUGGGGGAGUUUAAGAGCAGGAGUCGAGAUAAUAGUGAGAACAGAUAUAUUGAUUAUAUAAACAAUUAUGUACAUAAAGAAAUAUAAAAGUAUUCAUGAGCAUAUUCAUAAAUAGUUACUUUAUUUUCAAGCUUUAUUUGAUAGAUCUAUUUUUACCAGUGUUUUAGAUGGAGGGGUUUUCUUUCUUUCUGAUUGGCUGACAGCCCUGGUUAGGAUAGCAAAAGCUUUUUAGCAGCAGCAGAAUCUCUUAUUGUUAAAUUCAAUUUUUUUUAACCAAAGUUCAUAGUAACAGACGCCCCAGUGUGAAGCGAUGGUGAAAAAAGGAAAAACCGAACAGUUGGAAUGCAGACGGCUAGUCCAGCAAGUUCACCCGUUAAAGGAAGUGCUUUGUUCUUUCAGCAGAUCAGCUAAGAUGCUCGUCACGUUUACACCGGAGGAAGAUGAAGAACUGAGCAAAUGUUCUUCAUCCCUAUGCUAGCAGUGCCAAUAAUAGGUACCCUGAUCUGAGUCCAGUUUAAUCCAGUUAAAAGAUGUAUUUUGCUAAACUUUUGCGUUUGAGGCGAUGCUGCUGCAGGAGAAUCUGGAUUCAUUUCGAAGGCUUUUGACUCGUUUUAUUAGUUGGUUUAUGCUGGAUUCUCUGACAUUUAUUUUUGUUGUGAAACAGCUGGCUGAUAUGAAGAUUAUGAGCCAGUACUUCAUUUUUUAUUUUUUUUCUUCCGUUCUUUCACAUUCUGAUCAGGAAGAGACCGUGACGGCUCCGAUCAGCAGGUAGAGCCAUCGUUCAUAGUGCCAGAGCUGUGCUCCACUCGCUCGGCCUCCAGAGCAGGCCCAGCAUCCUAAUGUAUUCCAGUUGCCAACUUAUUUUUUUUCUUCAUGUUGUUUCCAUGAUGGUUGCCAACAGCUCUCCACUGCCAAACAUUGACCAUACCAUGUGCCUGAUGAGGGGGGGGGGGGUUGUGAUGUUUUUUUUUUGUUUUUUUUACGCUGGAGGUCCGCGAACGUUGGGAGACGCUCUUCUCCUUCCUGGCGCCUCCAAAGCGUGCAUGGAUGAAUGUCUUGGUGCAUGCUUUCAGAAGAGGAGGAUGCAUUUGUAUUUAAGAGAUUAUCAUCUCCAACCUGUUGUCUGUGCGUGUUUUAGUGAGCAGCAUUCCAGUUGGUUAUGGCGCUCGUGUUUUUCAGCAGUAUCUUCAUCAGCAUAGAGUAUUACAGUACGUGUGUGUUUCAUGUUUCUGCUGCCGGAUCGACUCCUUACGGAUCGGAUUGUCCAGUUGUCUCUAAAGGCCGGGAUUUGAUCUUCAGUUCCCGGGGUUUUGAGUCACGCAUUCCUCUCAUAAGACUUUUUAUUCCACUGAAAGCUCAAGACUUUGAGCCGCUUCUCUUCCCUCCAACAUGCACUCCACUCCUCCUAUUGCAGAUUUUCUUGUUUUUUUUAUGGUCAAGCAACAUGUUGCAGCGCCCACCUAUAUGGAGAAACAGAAGUACUGCUGGGCGAGCGAGCACAGGAGGGUGAGGAGGAGCGGCAGCUGUGUGCAGGAGAGGACAUGGGGUGGGUGGGAGUAUACCAUGUACAGUGAAUGUAAUGUAACAAGUGUCUGUCGUCAAGUGCUUUUAAAUUAUAUUUUCGUAUGAAUGAGACCAAUGUUUCCCUUUUUGUAUGGGAGGUUUCAACAGGUUCUGAGGAAAGGUGACGUAGAUGAUGUCAAACUGUUUCUAUAUGAAAAUAAGCUGCUUCUAUGUAAAUGACUGAAAAAAAAAACACCCAGCAAAAUAAAGUGUAAAACUUUAUCUCUCCCCCCCACAGCUCAAACUGUCACUUCAUGCCUCUUUCAAUAAAACAUCAGCAGUAAUGUUCA